UUUCAUGCAUUCAUCAUACCCAAUUACUGCGAACCUGAAGACUUACUCAAGGAUACCAUUGAACGUAUUGCCAUGCAUAGCCGAGCACAUACACAUUAUGCGCUCAUUUUAGCAAUGGAACAAUCUGAGCCUGGUUGGGAAGCCAAGGCAAGUCGACUUGAAGCCCACUUUUCAAAUAUAUUUGCCCAAGUCAUCAUCACAGGUCAUCCUACCAAUAUUCCUGGAGAAUCUCGCGGCAAAGGAUCGAAUGUGGCUUAUGCAGCUCGUCAUGGAUGCUUAGAAUUGGUCAAUAAGGGCAUCGAUCGAAAGCGAGUGAUCAUUACUGUCACUGAUUCUGACGCGGCAAUACCUGAAUUAUAUAUCCGUGAAGUGGAGGAUGCGUUGAACAAGACCGACGACCCUUAUCAUCUACUCUGCGCACCGCCCAUUUUCUUUUCUCGCAAUUGCUUUGAUGUACCUGCGUCUGUUCGAGUGACAGAUAUUACCUGGUCUGCAAUGGUCAUGUCAAAUUUAAGCAAUAGCUGUGGCAUGUGUAUUCCAUGUUCCAAUUACUCUCUUUCUCUUGUAUUGGCUGAUACAGUGGGUUAUUGGGAUACGGAUGCAGAUGCAGUAGGUGAGGAUAUGCACAUGUGGCUCAAAUGCUUUUGGAAGACAAAAGGAUUGGUCAGAACAGCUCCCAUUUAUGUACCUAUCAACUUGACCAACGUUCAAACAGAAAGUUAUCUCUCUAACGUACGUGCUCGUUAUGUCCAGGCUAAACGGCAUUACAAUGGCGUGGCUGACGUGGCCUAUACACUGAAGAAUGCAUUUCAAGCAUCAAGUAUCAGCCUUCUAGAUAGAUUGAGAGUUUGCUUUAUUAUUCUCGAAGCUCACAUGGUGCCG